AUGCGCGUUGCCCUCGGCGAGGACCAAGACGCGGACGCAAUCGUUUCCGCCCAUAUCAAGAGACUGCAUCGCUAUAACGAGGCCAAGGAUGCUACGCAGAUACUGAUCGGUCGACUAGCGGUACUGAAGGACACCACAAUCCGCAAAAUCCACGAGGAUUACGGUCUCGAAACGACGGAAUAA